CUGCUACUUCGGAAUUAUAACUGUUAGCCUCUUUUCGAGAUUUUACACUUUUAAACGCAGUCUCUCACCCAGCACGCACACAGUCAGUGCCACUAAUUUAUCUUCAAUUGAAUGAUGGGAAGGCGGAAAUGUUGGCAUGAGUUUUUCAUACAUACAGUGCAGCUGCAAAAACAUAAUUAUUUUUGAAAUUGUACAGAAACUUGUCAAGUGUCGUUGCUACAGAUUAAUAAAACUGAUGCAUACCCGCUCAAGUUUGAACCUUAUUUUAUUUUCCAAUCAUUUUUUACUUGAAAUUUUAAAGAACCGACGUUUUAUCAUAAAUUCAUGAUUGAGCUACAUGCUUCUUAGGUGACUGGAUGACAAUCAUACCUUGUGGAAAUACAUGGCUGACCCGCUGGGGAGUUCAGCCUCAGUGCAUACUAAGACCCUCUACUACCAAUAGAUUAUUGGCAUCCCCGAAUUGUACAUCAAGCAGGAAUAGGUCACUGGCAGUGGCAUCACAAAGUUCAGCCUUUUAUGCUCAAGAAUCUUUGAAUGCACUUUUCAGUUCAGGGCCAUACAAUAAUCGGUGUCAGAGAAGAGGAACUAGGCUGAUUGUUAGAGCUGAGAGAGAUUACUAUUCUGUGCUUGGUGUGUCAAAAAAUUCGAGCAAGUCUGAGAUCAAAAGUGCAUAUCGAAAGCUGGCCAGGAGCUACCAUCCAGACGUGAACAAGGAAGCUGGAGCAGAAGAUAAAUUCAAGGAAAUCAGCAAUGCUUACGAGGUUUUGUCGGAUGACGAGAAACGUUCUAUAUACGACAGGUAUGGGGAGGCAGGACUUAAAGGUGCUGGCGCUGGCAUGGGAGAUUUCAGCAACCCAUUUGAUCUAUUUGAGUCAUUGUUUGAGGGAAUGGGUGGCAUGGGCAUGGGAGGAAGAGGCUCUCGUAACCGAGCCGCGGAGGGUGAAGACCAGGUUUAUAAUCUGGUAUUAAACUUCAAAGAAGCUGUAUUUGGUGUUGAGAAGGAGAUUGAAAUAACUCGUCUCGAGACCUGCAGCACCUGUGAUGGAUCAGGGGCAAAACCAGGUACAAAGGCAUCUAAAUGCAGCACGUGCGGUGGUCAAGGGCAAGUCGUCUCCUCAGCGAGGACUCCUCUAGGUGUCUUUCAACAGGUUAUGACAUGUUCCACCUGUGGUGGCACUGGAGAAAAUUCCACUCCUUGCAAUACAUGUGGUGGGGAUGGCCGGGUUAGGAAGUCGAAGCGCAUCAGCUUGAAAGUUCCAGCCGGGGUAGAUUCUGGCAGUCGUCUGAGGGUCCGCUCUGAAGGAAAUGCUGGACGGAGAGGGGGGCCACCUGGGGAUCUUUUCGUUCUCAUAGAAGUUCUUGCAGAUUCUGUUCUGAAACGAGAUGACACCAACAUCCUCUACACGUGUAAGGUUUCUUACACAGACGCCAUCUUAGGAACCACAGUGAAGGUGCCCACAGUAGACGGGAUGGUCGACCUCAAAAUUCCAGCCGGCACCCAACCAGGUACGACUCUUGUUAUGGCGAAAAAAGGUGUGCCGUCUCUUAACAAGAACAAUAUGAGGGGUGAUCAACUGGUUAAAGUGCAAGUAGAGAUUCCAAAACGGCUAAGUGGGGAAGAGCGGAAGCUCAUUGAAGAAUUGGCCAACCUGAACAAGGUGAAGGCUCCCAACAGCAGGAGAUAGUUGGGGAUUUCUGCUGCUCCACCCUUUAACUAGAUCUCGCCGUCGCCAUCGGAAUCCACAUCGGUCGAUCUGCACCGUGCAGAUUGGAAUUCUGCUGAUCAAUUUUGUGUCAGUGAUACUACACUUAUACAUAAAAAUCAGGUGAAUAUAGUGAGAUAAGUUUGUAUUGUUUGUGUGAAGUAGACUAUCACCAUUAUUUAUUGUAGCAUCAUGUGAUCAUACAAUCUGCAGAAACUGCUGAUUGGUUAAUAUAUUCAUCACUUGCUACGUCUUUUU